AUGGACAUUUCCGAAAAAGUGGCAUAUUCCAAUUCAAAAAUUUUCUCAGCAGAUAAAAUUGAUGAUCACCUUUGGCUUGGCGACAUUGAUUCGUCUGAAAAUCAUCAAGCACUUGAUGACCUCCAGAUUACACAUAUUUUAACUGUACUCGACUUUUGUCCUGAACAUGACCAAGCUGCUAAACGUAUCCGUAAACAUGUUCAUGCUUAUGAUUUCCAUACAGCUGAUUUGAUCGGUGAAUUCGAAUCUUGUUAUCAAUUCAUCGAUCAAGCUGUGAAUAACGAUCAAAAUGUUCUCAUUCAUUGUCAUGCAGGUAUGUCACGCAGUGCUACGAUUGCUUGUGCUUACUUGAUGAAAAAAUACAAUCUAUCAUAUGAGACUGCACUUGAACAACUGCGAAUGAAACGACCAUGUGUUUGUCCUAAUCCUGGUUUUGCCAAUCAACUACGUCUUUAUCAUUCUAUGAACUACAAUUUCGAUCCAAGUCAAAUGCGUCGUAAAAAGUAUACAACACCGGAACAUUUUGCUGUCGAAGAUAACUAUGAUGACGUUGUACCAGUGACUAAAUCUAAUGCAUCCUCUAUGGAAUACAAGUGUAAAUUGUGCCGUCAAAUUCUAUUCACAGAUAAUGAUCUCGUCACGCAUAUAGCUGGCAAAGGUCGAUUUGAUUUACAAUCCCGAAGUUCAGCAUACAAAGCAAAACAAAAUGCCGAAUCAAGUGGGAAUAAUUAUUGUCUACAAGAACUAUUCACACUCGAACCUCAAUGGCUGACAGGCAUCUAUGAUAGAGAUACUAAUAAUGGCGAAAUCGAAUGUCCAAAUUCGAAAUGCAAAGCGAAAGUCGGUCGAUACUCACUGGUCGGUGAGAAAUGCACGUGCGCCAAAUGGGUCAAUCCAGCAUUUCAUUUCCAUCGAAGUAAAAUUGACGAAUGUCCUGUUGGAAAGAAUGAUCAAAUCGAAAAACUUCUUCUGAAAAAACCUAUUACUGUGGAGUAA